AUGAACCUUAUCGAGGUGUUGUGGAAGCAAGAUGUCGACAUGGGCUUCUCCUUGGAGGAUCCUCUCCAUAUGGAUGGCCCACAUGCGACCAAAGUGAACGUAUCCGAAGACUUGAAGACCAAACAGGAACAGAUAGAAAAGGUUAAGGCGACUCUCCUGGAUGAGAAGGAGGAUGAUCCAUGGGCCGGACUCUCGUAUACAGUGGAUACUGAGACUGGUGAAUACGUGAUCCAGGGUGACUUACCAGGUGAGCUGGUGAACGAGGAGCGGUUCAACUUGCUGGAAGAGACGCUCAGGCUGGUGGAGCUCGGAGACGAGGGCGACGCUAAGGAUGAACAGCCACAGGCGGUAGAGGGCAGCAGUAGCGGCAGCAUGCUCCACCCGGCGAUGCGGCACGUGCCGCACCAUCCGCUCGCUCACUAUCACAACCAGUCAUUGAUGCGUUCGAUGUCUGUGGAACAGCGGUGGCAGGACCUGGCCUCGCUGCUGACGAUUCCUCCGCCCCCCGACCAGUACCAGCACUACCAACAUCCGCAUCCGCACCCACAUCCGCACCCACACACACAUCCACAUCCGCAUCCGCACCAUAACUUAAGUCUCAAUCAUAACACGAUAUCUUUUUCGAGCAGUGCCCACGGAGGGGCGGGUUACGCUCCAAACUACCACGCCCCGAUACCACCUAUACCGGAAAAACAUCACGAAGCUUACGGUGCCCCAGCUCCUCUUGAUGGCGCGUAUAAAGUAGAAGCAGCCCAUCACCCUCAACAACACGAUGGACUAUACUAUCAGACGCCUACGGAACCACAGCAAGACGGGUUUCUGCAAUCCAUUCUAAACGAUGAGGAUCUCCAAUUAAUGGAUAUGGCAAUGAAUGAGGGCAUGUACACAAUGAGGAUGUUGGAUGGAGCACCAAAUGUUCACCAGACACACACACACAUGCCGAUGACGACAGAGCGUGAUUCAGCAUCAGACAGCGCAGUAUCUUCUAUGGGGUCUGAAAGAGUCCCCUCACUAUCAGACGGAGAAUGGUGUGAUGGAAGUGACUCCGCGCAGGAAUAUCACAGUUCAAAAUUCCGACCGUACGAGGCUGCGUAUGGCAGAGAAAGAUCACACGCUCCACAGAAGAAACAUCACAUGUUUGGGAAACGAUCAUUCCAGGAGCAGCCGUCUCAGGAAACCAGACCGGUUGUGAAGUACGAAUGUGAGCAGACAUACCAUGAGAUGCAUAUGCAUGCAGACUACACUCCGCGCCAACACCUCCCGCCUCAGCUGUCCGUUCAGCCGACCUUAGACAUCAACUCGCCACACUCGAGCCACGCGCUACAACAUACUACUCUGCCGAGUGCAACCCCGCCACGCUUCGGGUUUAGUUCCGGAGAUAGAGUGAGACACAACCAUACAUACAGCGCCGCUCUCCCUCCCACAGAGGAACGUCUACCCACAAGAGAUAAACGAGUUCGUCGUUUAACUGACGGUAGUACUUCGGACAGCGGCAGUGGACAUAUGAGUAGAGACGAAAAGAGGGCGAAGGCUUUAGGAAUACCGUUGGAGGUUCAAGACAUCAUAAAUCUUCCUAUGGAUGAAUUCAACGAGCGUCUGUCCAAACACGACUUGAGCGAGGCGCAAUUAUCACUCAUUAGAGAUAUUCGGAGACGGGGCAAAAACAAGGUGGCAGCACAGAACUGCCGGAAACGGAAGCUGGACCAGAUCACGUCAUUGGCGGACGAGGUCCGUACGGUACGGGACAGGAAGGCGCGAACACAGAGAGACAGACACAACCUACUGGCUGACAGGCAGAAACUGAAGGAGAGGUUCGCCGCGCUCUACAGACACGUGUUCCAGCACCUUCGCGACCCUGAAGGUCGACCUUUGUCCUCGAGCCAGUACUCACUACAACAGGCGGCAGAUGGCAGCGUGGUGCUCGUACCUAGGAUGGGGGGAGAUCACUCCAUGAAUCGGACGGAAGAAGACGUCGAACGUAAGAACAAUUACGAGCAGUAG